AUUCAGUCUCCACAUUUUUGCUGUUUACAUUUAGUUUCAUAACAAGCUGCUUCUGCGUUUGCAGCUGCUCAUUGCUACAAACAUUUUGUUGGACACCAGGCCAACUCGGGUUGAAACAAACCGAAUUAAAUACGUGUGCAACUUUUUUUUUCUGCAGGAUACAUUAGAAAAGCAACAGGAGUGUCUAAAGAAACAAAGUGAGGCAGUGAAAUACAGGCUGAAGAAACUGGCUGCACGGCAGUCAGAAAUCUCAAGAAAAUCCUCUGUGAUAAAGGAAAGUAUCAUAAGGAAAUACCAGGAGAUCCAGACUGUCCUAGAGGAGGACCUGAGGCUCACUUUAUCUCACCUGGACAUGGAGGAGCGGGCUGCUAUCUCUGCUUUGGAUGGGCUCAUGGAGAGGAACUGCUCUCUAAUCCAGGAAAUAGAGCAGGACUUGGCCAGGCUUUCUUUAGCACUGGACCAGAUAGACACAGAACCUGAUACAAUGUCUUUCUUUUCAUACCCCGAGCAGGAAGACAUGGAUACAGUGGACAGAGUUAUGGAUCUACUAAACCAAUCAGACCCAAGCAGUGUGAGCCUAGAUGAAGCUAAAGCUGAGCAGAUCAUCAACCUCACCAACAGUAUGCUUCUGCUUAUCAGCUCGCAGACCCCUUUAAUCAAGAAGCUUCUGAAGAGUUAUUCCAGCGAGGUACAACUGGAUCCAGAGACGGCCCACCCAAAGCUGAUCAUCUCUCCCCAAGGUGACAGUGUUGCCUACACGGACACCUGGCAGGAACUCCCUGAUGUACCUGGACGCUUUGACACCACCCUCAAUGUCAUCAGUUUGCAAGGCUUCAGCUUCGGUCGCCAUUACUGGGAGAUUGAUGUGACUGGGAAGACUUACUGGGAGCUUGGUGUUACCUACUCCACUAUUCCCCGCAAAGGCACAUCUGAGGACUGCUGGCUGGGCCGGGGAGCUGAGUCCUGGUGUGUGGAGUUCUUUGAUGGGGAAUAUACAGCGUGGCACAGAGGGGUCCCUCACCAGCUUCCCAUUACAAAAUGUUUCUAUCGGAUUGGUGUUUUGUGUAGCUUCCCGGCGGGGUUAGUGACGUUUCUCGAAGCAGACAAAAUGACACCCCUCUUCUCUUUCUGUGCUGGAAUCUUUUCAGAGUGCCUCCACUUGGCGCUGUGUCCUGGUCACAACCACAAUGGAAACAAUGCUAAACCCAUUGUUAUACGUAAUGCUUCUUCUCCUACCAGUGAUCUCUGAUUGCUUCCAGUUAGAAAUUUUAGUAAUUACAUGCUAAAUCUUUGCUUUUUAUUAUUGAACCAAUAACAAAGGUUUCUAAGUGUUUUUAUUUAAAAGAUAUUCAAUGCAUUUUUUCAUCAGUAGUGCUUGAAUCCAUGCUAGCACCUCUGUGAUGACCCACUACAGUGAUGGUUGGAGUUGAAUGGUUAUUCCUGUGUUCUUUAUUUUAGCAUAUAAUGGGGUCUUGAACCCAUGGGCACAUCUCAGAUGGGUUUAGUGUUUCCUACAUAGAUGAAUUAUGAGGGUCUGCCCUAGUUUAGAAAAAAAUGGCAUUGUUUAUGAAGUCUUUAUAUUUAAAAUGGGUCAAACUUGA